GCAUGCUUAGGACGCUUGUUUUCUUCUUCUCAGCGACUUGCUUCUUUCAUCACCAAGAGGCAUCUUUCCAUCUUCAGUUUGCAAAAUGAAACAAAAUUCAAAUGUACCAGCCUUUCUCACCAAGCUUUGGACUCUUGUGGAAGAUUCUGACACAAAUGAAUUUAUUUGUUGGAGUCAGGAAGGUAACAGUUUCCUUGUCAUGGAUGAACAGCGUUUUUCCAAGGAUAUCCUUCCCAAGUUCUUCAAGCACAACAACAUGGCCAGCUUUGUCAGACAGCUGAAUAUGUAUGGAUUUCGCAAAGUGAUGCACAUCGACACAGGCAUAGUAAAGCAAGAGAGGGAUGGACCAGUUGAAUUUCAGCAUCAUUACUUUAAACAAGGGCAGGAUGACUUGCUGGAAAACAUCAAAAGAAAGGUUUCCAAUGCAAGACCAAAUGAUACGAAGGUCAGACAGGAAGACCUGUCCAAUAUUUUGGCCAGUGUUCAGAAUGUUCACGGAAAACAAGAAAGCAUUGAUUCCAGACUCAACACACUGAAAAGAGAUAAUGAAGGUCUAUGGAGGGAAAUAUCAGACCUGAGACAGAAGCACUCCCAACAGCAGCAAAUCAUUAAGAAGUUAAUACAAUUCAUCGUCACAUUGGUACAGAAGAACCGGAUGAGUUUAAAACGCAAGAGGCCUAUUCUACUGAACAGCAAUGGAAAGAAGCCUAAAUACAUCCAUGAAAUCUACGAUGAUCCUCCUCUGGACCACAACAAACCCUCUGUCAGUGGUUUGAAGAGUGCUGAUCUUACUGACGAUGUCGUCAUCUGUGAUGUAACUGACGAUGACACAGAGAUCACAGAGGGCCCCUCAAGAGCAUUGGAUCAAUCGGAUGUAGAAAUAGUUGAGGUCUUCAACAGCAAUACUGUGUCACAGACAGACAGCGCUGACAGUAUAGGACAGACCAACUCUUUAGUAAUCGAACCAGAAGAGACCACCAUAAGCACAUAUGAUAGCCUUCCCACAAGCAGCACCUUGCAGCUCAACAAACAGUCAGGGUUGAGCCUGGAGGAUCCAAUGAAGAUGAUGGACUCAAUCCUCAAUGAGAGUGGAGCUAUUUCUCAGAAUAUCAAUCUCCUCGGCAAGGUUGAGCUGAUGGACUACUUGGACAGCAUUGACUGCAGUUUGGAAGACUUUCAGGCUAUGUUGUACGGGAAGCAGUUCAGCAUUGAUCCAGAUAUUUUAGAGGCCACAGAGGGGAGUGGUGGUCCCAAAGAAAAUGCAGGGCUGCUAUCCAAAGGAGACAAGUCUAGUUUCUCAGCAGACAACCAGCUGGUCCAGUACACAUCCUGCCCUCUGCUGGCCUUCCUGGAUGGCUGCACCCCUUUGGCCACAGAGGCAGACAGCAGCACAGCCACAGAGCUGGGAGACAGCCUGCUGCAGCACAACACUGAGGUCCCCACAGACCUGCUGGAGCCAGACGAGGAGCCUCCACGAAGCUCUCUGAUCCGCCUGGAGCCCCUGACUGAGGCAGAGGCCAGCGAGUCAACGCUCUUCUAUCUGUGUGAACUCAACCCAGAAGGUGACACCACUGACUCGACGCAGCUGGAGAUUUAACAAGGUUAACCAAGGAGCAGAAAAAGGAUUGGACCUUUUGUAGAUACUUGUUAAAAUGAUCUAUUUCCUGUUCAGAAGUAAGACAUUCCGUCAUUUAGUGGAAUAAUCUACUAACAGCUGUACGUAAACCCCGAUUAAGAUGAGGCUGCAAUUGUUGGUUUAGGUUUCAGCAUUUCUUGUGAAAAGGGGAAUGUUUCACUAUGUAUUCUUGAUAUGUUAAGGAUCACAUUCAUCUUUAAUGAACAAAAAAACAGAAGUGCCUGUUUCCUUAGUAAAACCCCAAUGUUGAUCAUUUCAAGUACUGUAGUCUGAUAUGUACCGUGUAUCAUAAUGUUUCAUGUUAAGAUUCAUAGAUUGCGAAGCUUAACAGUGACAAUUACAUUAAAAGAACAGCAAAAGCAUCAUUACGUUCUGUAAGUGAAGGUAUAUUCAGGAAAAUGCAUGCUUUGCCUUAAAGUUUAUUAAAAGGUGGGUUACAAUGCACUUUAAUACAUGUCAAAAGACAAAAACAAUUGUCAGUCUGCUGGAAAUACUGAAUACACAUUUCUAGUAUGUUAAAGCAUCUACAAAAUAAUUUAUCCACUGAACAUCAGUAUUUUACAUUAAGAUAACUCCAGUGUGAAUCAUAAGUAAGAAGGUACACAAAACUGAAGGACUAAUAUCUGACCUACAACAAGAUGUGCAUGAUCACAAAAGGGAAAGCUGUAGUUUCAGUUUUGCAAUUUGGGAGGAUGUUCUGAAAAGGAAAGCACAGCAAAGCAUGAUGGUAGAUUAGCCUAUAAUAUGCCACUGGUACAUCACUGAUGGAAAUUAACCUAGGAUUACAACAAUGAGCUAAUAUCUGAAACCCUGCACUUCAUUGCUGCAUAACUUAAAGCAAAGUGUACCAUAUUAUCAAACAUCAAGCAGUCUUGCCCAUUUUGUAACAAAUCAAUGGUUCUUUCUGCAUGUCUCUUAUCCAGAGUCAAUUACAGUUGACAAAGAGUCCUCCUUUCACUGACCAUCUCUCCAAGCCCCAGCUACCUUUACAACCCCAA